AACGGGAAAUUCUCCAGUAACGAAAUCACAUUUCUCUUCGUCUCACCACUCUUACUCUCACUAGAGAGAAGCAAGAAUCAGUUCAAGAAUUCGGAGAGAAAAUAACAGAGGAAUCCAGGAGAGUAAAUAAUGGCCGACAUAGGUGAUGAUGGUGUUCAACUUCAAGGGAAGGAGCUAUAUAAGCACCAGUUUAAGCAGACUUUCACCACACGCUUGACAGAGAUUCUGGCUUUUAAUCCCAACUCUGUGGUUUCAGAGAGGGGUGUGAUAGAGAUUCUGGAGAAGUUAAACCGAGCGGCAAUCAUGUAUGGCAGGAGCUACAUUGCCGAAGAUGAGUCCGAGUAUGUUGAUUGCUCUAAUGUGAUUGGGUUUGGUUUGCCCCUGAUUGGCCAGGAGAGGUGCUUCAUGCAGUUGCUCAGAGAGUGUGAUCCACAAUCGGAAGUGGGUAGGAAAUUGUGGAACAUGAAACACCAAGCGGCUCUUGUUGGUGAAAAAGUCUCGCAGCAUCUUAUAAGGAUGAUGGUGGUGAUGAACACAGAGAACAAAAAGGAAAUGAUGAAGAAGUUCAGAGAUACUGUGCAUCUGUUUCCAUUCUUAGUGGAUGCUUUUGAAUGGCCGGGGAGAAGUGAAUAUUUUGGAGUAGUGUAUAACAGGAUCAACGUUCUUAUGGAACACGCACGCAAAGAAUUCAUCCUGCAGGUUAAGAGAUCAAGAAUGCCAGCUGGGAGUCUGGGAUAUGUUGAAGACCUUCUCAUAAAUUUGGACAACAAAAACGAGCGUGAUGAAUUUCUUGAUGACCUCCUUGAUCAGAUUGUGGAAGUUAUAUCAAUGCUGGAGUCUCUGCUGAGCUUUCCAAUACUGCCCGAUGGGCCAAGGUUGCUCUCUAGAAAUAUAAGAUCAGUAGCUUGGCUGCGUAAGGAGCUUGUGGAUAUGGAAAUAAAGAUGCACAACAAUAUUGGAAAAAGGGUAAGAGAACUGAUGGUUAAGUAUAAAGGGAAUAAGUAUUUCAAUGAUACUGCUGCAUUUCUCACGAGAGUGUAUUCACCAAGACAUGAUAUGUGGGAGGAUUUGGAAAGUGUGGUGAAAGCGGUGAAGCUGGGACCCCAAUCUCGAGGGCGAGUCAGACUCCAUGUUGGAGGAACUAUCAUUCAUAAGUACCGGAAUAGCGCACUGAUUCGGAUAGUAGGAAUCAACACCAGGAAGGAAGCUGAGUCGUUCACUGGAAAGCACAUUGUCUACUUCUACAGGGCUAACGUGAAGAAAAGCAACAGCCACUACCGCUGCAUUUGGGGAAAGGUUACCAGGCCUCAUGAUAACAGUGGCAUUCUUUGUGCUAGGUUCAUCUCCAAUUUACUCCCCAGGCAUGGUUGCAUGAGGGUAUAUAUGUAUCGUGCCAGGAUCAACUACGAGUUGCACAGGCCGCCUUUCGUCUAUGGAGACUAAUCUUGCAGUUCCCCAGGACCUUCGUCUAAUCUCGUGCUUGGUUUUGUUGGGUUCCAUCUUGGUCACUUCCCGACUAUUGUGAAUUUAGAUAUACUUUUCCCCCUGAUGUUCAGUCAAUUUUGUUUGCUGGGUUGUUAAUGUUUUUAAAGUUCUGUAUUAUCUGACCUUCAGUUUGAAUGUUUGCGGAUGUUAAUCAAGUUGCUUGAAUUGAUCUGUAGAGAUCAAGAUAAUUUCUUCUUAUUUUGGCUACCAUAUUA